AUGGCUAGGAAAGGGUCGCGCAAGGUCAGGACGGGUUGUCACACUUGCAAGGUGCGCAAGGUGAAAUGCGACGAAGCCAAACCGUCGUGCUUCCGAUGUACAAGUACGGGCCGGAAGUGCGAUGGCUAUCCUACCGCGCGACUGCCUGGUCUCACAUGGUAUCGGCCUAAUCAUCUCUUUCAAUCUGUUGAUCAACCCGAGGAAGGGAGAGCAUUAGAGUUCUUCUGCCACACAGCCGGGCUGCUGCUCUCUGGGCCUCUAGACGCUUACUUCUGGACCCAUCUUGUAUUGCAAUUUAGUAACUUUGAGCCUGCAGUCCGCCAUUCUCUCGUGGCCAUCAGCUCACUAUACGAAGACUUCCAUUGUAAAGGAAAGUCCGCCCAGCAAUUGCAGACUAAUACGUUUGCUCUUAUCCAUUACAAUGCCGCGAUUGAGAACCUACGGAAACUAGACAGCGAGCCGCUGAUAUUGCUCGUCUGCGUUCUAUUCGUAUGUAUCGAGGUCAUCCAAAACAACCGUGAGGCUGCUAUGCAACAUAGCCGACAUGGUAUCGUUAUUCUUGAACGCAUAGGGACUUCAUAUCCCUGGACGGUCGAGUAUUUGUCACCUAUCUUCCGCCGCUUGAGCCUCUUUCCCUUGUUCUUUGGCAACUCGGCCAACACUUUCCCUGCGCUCAGCGACCUGCAUGAUCCAAUACCGGUCAUGUUUAUAUCAUUUGCGGAGGCACAGUACCAUAUGGACGCAAUCACAUGUCGCGCAGCACGUCUUGUUCGACAAGGUGACGUCUUUCGUAUUGGGAAGCUUCACAGGGAGCCGGUCGACCCAGAUCUUCUGAAGAUGCAGAAGGACCUGCAACGAACGAUUAACAGUUGGCACGAUAGCUUCAAGAUUUUAGCCGCGCGGAUUGACCUGUCGGAUAAAGACAACGCUUACUGUAACCUCAUGCUACGUUACAAGAUUUCACGACUUUGGGCCACUACAACAUUCGAGAAGAACGAGACAUUUCAUGACGAUCACAUCGACGACUUGGCAGAGAUAUUCGACCGCGCUGAAGAGCAAAGUCCUCCGGAGUCAAACUGCGAGACAGCUAGCUUGCGACCAUGCUUUACUUUCGAAAUCGGGUUCGUCCCAUUCGUGAUCUGUGCCGUUAUGAAGAUCAGGGACUUGAGGACCCGGCUACGUGGCUUGAGAGUUCUACGGAGCUAUGGACCAAAGAGAGAGAACAUGUGGGAAGCAGAGAGGUUCUAUCCCAUAUGCAAGCGUCUGGUUGAGAUUGAACACGACAUAGUCCUCGACGAAAACGACCAGCCGGUAGGUGACGUCAAUUGGGACGCUCGACCCACGGAAGAGCAGAGGUGCAAAGACUUUGGAUCCCUUCCUAACAAGGUCCGCCAAAAAGAUGCCAACGGCAAUGAAGUAUGGGGAAGUUACGCGGGUUACAUAAUGCGGACCGUAGAAGGCAAAAUCUGGUUGAGACAAGAGUUCAUUCGAAGGCCGGCCCCGCUCGUUGAUGAACAAGGGAGCUAUAGCGAAAAGUGA